AUGCCGCCGCUGCUGCUGCAGCUGCUGCUGCUGACCGCCCCGCUGCGGGCGGCGCAGGUCUACGUCAUAGCAGACACCGGCGCCCAGGCCGCGCACAUCGCCGACGCCGCCCGGGAGACCAUCGCCGAAGCCAACGACGCACAAAAUGUUACAAUACAAAACUUGGAAAGAAAUGGCACCAUAGAUGACACUCUCCUGGAACGAAACAGCACUAUCGACGAUGAGACCGAGCAGGACCCGAUUGUCCGCAAGAAGAGGACCUUCGGGGACCUCGUUUUUCGAGGACUGGCCGACGUGCUGGGGUACAACGUCGCACGGAAACCUGCCGAUACCGCCUUCCCCCCGCCGCUCGCGCCCGUGCCCGGCAUAGACAUCCCGUUGCAGGCCGGGCCCGCGCCCGCGCCCCCGCCCCCGCCCCCGUGUGGAGCACCCCGGGCGGUCGCCCCGCCGCCGUGCAGGGCAGUAGCUCCCCCGCCUCCGCCGCCGCCCCCACCUCCACCGCCCCCGCCGGCACCGUGCCCCAAGCCUCGCGCGGUGCCCCGACCGAAGCCCCGGCCGAAGCCGAGGCCCGCGCCUCCCCCGCCGCCGCCGCCCCCGCCACCGUGCGCGAAGCCUCGCGCUAACCCCGCGACACCAGCGCCGUGUGCCCCCCAGCCCCCUCCUCCGCCGCCGCCGAAAGCGGACAACCUAGAAACGAUCUCGUCUAACUUCCGUCUCAACUUCAACUUCAACCGAGUGCCGGCCGCCCCCGCGGCCGCCCCCGCCGCUCAGCAGGAGGAGGCAGUGGAGUUCGACGACGAGGCACUGCCCGUCGCCAUCGAGCCGCGCGCCGCCCGCCUGCCCCUGGAGCAGGAGCGCCAGCCCCGCGUCUACGUCGACGCUUUCGUCGUGCGGAACGGCCAGGCGCACAAGGUGCACGCCGUCGACGCGCAGGACAUCAACCGCCAGCGUGUCGCCGACGCCGACUACCUGAACUACGACGAGGAUCAAACCGCGGAGCAGCCGGACGACGACUACGAGGACGCCCAGGAGUCGCGGGACCGGGCCAAGGCCGUGCGGGAGUUCGGUACUGCCGUCGACCGCUUCUGGGAGCAGAAGCAGAAAAAUAAAAAGAAGCUCCCCGCGAACGACUACAGAAACGUGCACUUCGGCGAUCGCGAUUUCGCCAACCAAAUAAGACGCCAGGGUGAGGACUCCCAUCAGCACCUGCAGAGAGAACAAGCUCCCAACAAAAUCCCCCUGCCCCUCCCUGAGAACGACGAGGAGGAGGAGGCCGAGGUGACGACGACCACGCAGGAUCCCCGCCGGCGCCUGAAGCCCCGCGUGCUCCCGCCGACCGAGCAGAACCCCAACGAAAUCGACACGGUGACCGUCCGAGUUCCCCCCAUAUACAAGGAGAAGAGGCCGAAGAAGCUCCACAGGGAGAGGCCGGAGCGCCCCGACCGCGACGAAGACGACGAGUCGGCCGUCGAGCGCUACGGCUCCGACGAGGAGUCGGACUCAGACAGCGAGGACAGCGCCGUCGUGACUCGGACCGAGCCGCCGAAGAAGAAGCGAAGGAAGCAGAAGAGCAGGAGAACGCGCUCGGUCGAGGAACCAUAUAGCGCCGGCGACUACGACUACUAUGGGAGAAAGCGCCCCGUCUCCGAUGUCGAGGAGGAAUUUUACCAAUCCCUAACCGAAGUUCCCGACCCGCCCCGAGACGAGGACGUUGCGAGAAUAGAAGCGGCCGACGACGAUUACUUUCUAGACGACCACGAGCGACUCGUCGAGGAUAAGGAGAAAGUAGACGAGGACGACGACCGGGAUGACGACGAGUCGGCGAGACUCACGGACGAGGCGGAACGGGCGGGCGACGAGGAGCGAGCCGGCGACGAGGAGCGGGCGGGCGACGACGAAAGGGGCGACGAACGCGAGCGCUCGGACAAGCUGAGCCCCAACGCGCGCGUGCACGAGACGGGCUUUCAGAAUAAGUAUCUCCGAGCCACCAACGUCCAAGUGGACGACCCCCGGCCGCUCGUCGCCUCCGUCAACAAAAAGAACAGAAGAAUCGGCAAAGCCUGAGCGGCUCGCUCCUAAUUGCCCGCCAUAAUAAGCCUAUUUAUUGUAUA